AUGACGGUCAAAUUAAAGACGGAAACAGCACCAGAGGAAAAGCAUGGCUAUGAAUUCGGAGGACCUCUGGGGGCUGCUGGGAUAGUCUUCGGCCUUCCGAUCCUCAUCUAUGCCACCAUCUUCCUCUGUAACGACGUCUCUGGCUGCCCUGCACCUGCCUUGCUGGAUCCGAGAACCUUGACCCUGGAGAAAUUGAAGAGACAGACACCCUGGCCGGAGAAUGGGCUCCUAGGGUUGUUCGAUCUGACCGUCAUUCUGUGGGUGCUGGCAUAUUAUGCCCUCAGCGUGGCUCUGCAGUUGUUUCUGCCAGGCGAAGAGGUUGAUGGCACAAAACUGGGCACGGGUGGAAGACACCAUUACAAGUUCAACGCCUUCAACUCCGCGGUCCUCAUGCUUGCCGGACUGGGCAUUGGCACCGCAGUUCAAGGUACCAGCUUUGUGGUCUGGGAUUUCAUCUGGGACAAUCUGCCCCAAGUCGCUACUGCCAACCUCCUCGUCUCCUGUGCUCAAGCCAUCUAUGUCUAUCUGGCGUCGUUCAGCGUCCCCAGGCCCGGUCAACCAAACCCGCAGAACAGGGAGCUGGCCAAAGGAGGGCACACGGGGAACAUGCUAUAUGACUUCUUCAUCGGUCGUGAGCUGAACCCACGCGUCACCGUUCCGCGUUGGAUCCCCAUAGCUGGCGGUCAAGUGAUUGACAUCAAAGUCUUCAACGAGAUGAGACCAGGUUUGCUCGGCUGGAUCAUUCUCGACCUUGCAUUCAUUGUGCAUCAAUACAAAGUACAUGGAUUCGUCAGCGAUUCGAUCAUUCUCAUCACCCUUUUUCAAUCGCUAUAUGUCAUGGACGCUCUUUACAUGGAGUCAGCCAUUCUGACUACCAUGGACGUGACAACCGACGGUUUCGGCUACAUGCUCGCUUUCGGCGACCUGACCUGGGUCCCAUUCCUUUACAGCCUACAAGCACGCUAUCUCGCAGUCUAUCCGUUGACCCUUGGAAUUGGCGGCAUUGCUGGCGUUCUGGGCGUUCAAGGUCUGGGAUACUACAUCUUUCGGGGGGCAAACAAUGAGAAGAACCGAUUCCGUACAAACCCCAACGACCCCCGUGUCUCCCACCUUGAAGCCAUGACAACCGAGUUCGGCUCCAAGCUUCUAGUCUCUGGUUGGUGGGGUCGUGCGCGACAUAUCAACUAUUUGGGUGAUUGGAUCAUGUCCUGGAGCUAUUCUCUCCCGACAGGAGUUGCAGGAUACAUCAUCAACCAGUAUCAGAAUCCUGUCACCGGCAGUGUGACCAGAGAGGUGGUACAAGGAGACGCACGCGGCUGGGGCAUGAUUUUUACAUACUUCUAUGUUAUAUAUUUUGGCGUGCUGCUUGUGCAUAGAGAAAUGAGGGAUGAAGAGAAGUGUCGGAAGAAGUAUGGAAAAGACUGGGAGCGCUAUUGCAAACGCGUUAGGUGGAGGAUCAUUCCGGGCAUCUAUUAG